UACGUCACAACAAGUAUGGCGGCGUCUACUACCUGCGAGAAGAGCUGAACAGAAAGAUUUUAUUUUAAACGUUUUACAUGUGAUAGCUUAAAAAACCGGCUACAUAGUUUUCGACAGCUGGAAGACUUGCUCCGCCGUGAGCAUGGGGCUGGAGCGCUUGCUGUGCGCGGAGCUGGAGCGUUACUCCAAACAGAUUUUGCUCCGUGUCGUUCCGCAGAGCUUCAGGAUGUCCGCUAGCAGCGGCUCCUCUCAAGUUAUCAACCGCAUUCAGAGCGUCCGCAGGUUCCAAGUCAGUCCAGGUCAGCCCCCCAAAGACGUGGUUCUGUUCCAGCACGACAGGACGCGUUUCUUCCGCCUGCUGUCGUUUUUCUGUGGAGGUCAGGCUCUCUUCUGGGCAUACGUGUCUCACUUCGCGUACACCAGCCUCAGAGACACAGGGGGCGCUACAGAGCAAAGCCCCGCGUCCACCAGCACGGGGCUGCCUGGGAUGUUUAACUUUGACGUAAACCUGGGCUCCACCGUGUGGAGGCACAGCUUCACACUGGGAAGCCUGGCAGUGGGAAUGUUAAUAGUCGGGAUCGGGGUUAUACUGUGUCGUCGAUCUGUCAGCCAGGUGGUUCUGCACAAAGGUGGCCGGAUGGUGACCGUCUGCACUCAGUCACCUCUGGGACCAGGUCGGGGACGCAAAAUCACAGUCCCACUGUCUCAGGUAGCCUGCCAUGCCAACAGACAUGAGUCCCCUUUCUUCAUCCCAUUCAGAAUUAAAGGACACAGGCUGUACUUUCUUUUGGACAAAGAGGGGACACUGAACAAUCCUCACCUCUUUGACAUCACAGUCGGGACUUACAGACCGUUUUAAACUUUCUGGAGCUGAGAUUCUAUAGAUGACACUUUGUCAGCUUGACGGGUUCUAUUCAGUCAAGUAAAAUGCAGAAAACCAGAUGCAUAGUUGUUGAACUUUGUGUUUGGAACAUCAGAUUGAACACAUUUUGUUAAUGUUGCCAAAAAUACAUAAUUUUGAAAUAAUAAAAAAACUGCAUGCAUGAAAAAUGUGUACAAUUACUUACACCAAAGACGACAUUUUUGUUAGCAGGAUUAUUCUAAAUAACUGGAAGAACAUUCAACGUGCAUGUCUCCACCACAUCUGACCAAUCCUUGAAUUCUGCAUUAGAACUAAAACAUUUAUGUUGGUAGCUGUCAAAAUGUACAUUUAACACAAGCAGAGCCUUACCUGGAUGUGUGCAUAAACUCAAGAUUGUCAG